CCCCCCCCCAAAAAAAAUCCUAUAUUUCUGUUUUUCUCUUUGAGUGGGAUAUAGCCUUUCAUAGAAAGUUAAAUUAGAGAGUGCAAUAAAGCUUGACCUUUGUCUUUUGCUUGAUGUUAAGAUAAGGAAAGUGACUGCAAACAAUGGUGGUCACAUUUGGAUAGGUGUUGAAUGUUCAAUAAACCAAUAAAUGUUAUUUACCAAUUUUCUUUAUAAAAAUUAUUUGUCUAGGCUAGUGUAUUACAUUUAUCAGAAGUUAAUCAUAGACCCUUUUGUAUAUCAGGCUUAUCAAGUUGUUCUAUAUUUAUUUUUUAAGACAAAUCAUAUUUCAAUAUUUAAGAUGUUAUUUUAUCUGGAAAGGAUACAUGCUGUUAAGAUUAUUUUAACAUUAUAAUUUAAAAAAGAAAUGAACAAACUGAAAAACUAAUAACAAAUAACAUUAUACAUAUGCAAUAUUUCUAUACUGUUAAGUGAUACAGAUUUUCAUUAAUGUUUUAUCUUUUAAGUCUUAGAAUGCAACAGAACAUGUUAUACCACAUUUAAUUAAGAGGUUAAAAUGAAAUACAUUCCAAAUUACACCAAAAACUGCUGAAUAAAAAGCUACCAUAGGAAAUUAAUGUAAUGUCACCGGCAACCAAAUAGUGACUGCACUAUGGCUAAAAUGAGCAAAAAGCAUAACAAAAGAAAAAUAUAAAAUAUUGUUUUUCAGGUUCUUGUAGUAGUUUAGCUUUACUGCAGAUGGUAAGAGAAAUGGCAUUUUCUUUGUUUUUAGUUAAUGAUUUUCUUACUGCCCUCUUGUUCGUAAACAAACAGGUUGCUAAGCAACACUUACAAGCACACUGCUGCCUCUGGUAAGAGGAGUCUGUCUUUUAUCCUGUUUUAGUCCUCAACUUGCAUUGUUUCUGGAGGUCAUCCCUGAAAGCUUGGUUCGCUCAGUGCCCAGUGGAAUUUCAAGCGCCUUUUCUAUUUUUUUUAAUUGAGAGAGUCACUGUUGGGGGGAGCAGAGUUGUUGACUGGGUUCUUUUUUUUACACUUUCUAGUACCCAGUUAAUUUAUUCUGUGUAAUUAAUGCUUGAAAAUACUGUAGUAGUUGUUCUGUAUAGUGUGCGACUAUACUCUAUGAUUUUGUUUUACAACUGUAUAAACCAUGAUGACCUGCCUGUCUCUACAGUGACCCAUUCCUUAUUGAGUUCCAGAAGAAUCAUUUGGCAAACAAUAGGUUAUUGUUUUAGUUUAUUGCAUCAGUUACAGUAGCCGGCAACACUUUCUUAACUUGUUACUUUACAAAAAACAAGAUUUCUACACAUAAAUCAGUAAAUAAAAAUAAGUGCUCGAUGCUAACAAAAUAAACAGUACUGUCUGAGUGCCUGAAUAAAGCAUAUGGAUGUAAUAUUACACUGUUGCUUGAGAAGCUGUCCUGUGUAAUUUACUCUUUCAUACUGCAGAUAAGUCUGACAUUAUUUCUAUUUUAUUUGCUAGCAUAAUAAGGAAUUCCUUUUACUUAGUACUGUCAUACUGAAACAAGAAAAAAAAGGUGACGCUUGGAAAAUGCUGUUCUCUGGGUGAAAAUAAUUUAGUCACUGCAAACCUGGUUGCUGUUCCUCAGAGUGCAAGUUCCAUUGCUAUUAUUUCUUCCCUGUGAAAACUGAAUGGGAGCUUGAGCUCAAACUCACUGCAUUAGAGUGAGUACUGAAAGCAUUGUAUCAAAAGAAAGCAUUAAUGAGGGACUUAGUCUGGGGAUUCAAGCAAAAACAAGCUGCCUUAAUUCAGGCAUUGCUGGUGGAGGGAGACUAAGAAUACAGAAUAGACACAAGUAGUUUCAUGUUUCCGAGCUGAGAAGUUACACACUGUGUGAAGAAUGUAACUGAGUCAGAACUUUUUGAUUUGUUUUAUCAAAGCAUUUUGCUGAAAGUAUGGUUUUAUUUUCCAUUACAUCUUCAGGGUUCUCACACUCUAAUAGUUUUAAUGUUCAAGCAAUCAAAUUUUAAUAAUUCCCAUGCUUACAAAAUGACCACUGAUAUUUGAUUUUUCAAAGGAACCUUUUCCAAAGAGGUUUCCAAUUCAAGGACAUACAUAAUGCAGCACUUCUCGUUUGGUUUGAAUUUCUCAAAACGACAGAAUGCAAUGAAGCUGAAUGUGAGUAAAAAUCUGUUUAGCCUUGCUUGCUGUUUUCUCUAAACAGGUUCAACGAUUGUGUGACUGGCUCACACAAUAAGCUCAGUCUUUGUUAGGUGCUGCUGAAACGAAGUAAAUCUUUCUGAUUUCUGUCGCAGUGUUUUCUAUGAAUUGCUUAAUUAAUGGGGAAGUUUCUGAGAAAUUCCUCUGUUGGAACGGAACCUACCAAGCUCCGCAGCUUUAUAUUAAAACAUCAAGUUCUCCUGUUUGUGGGGAUCCUAACUGCAUCCCCAUGUACAGUAUAUACACAACAAAAAUAUACUGCUCUCUCUAAGUAUUGUGUCUUAGGGAGCAAAAGCUGUAAGGGUAAGGCGAGAGGGAAAGGAGACCUCUGAGCCAAAAGAUUUUUCUGUGGUCUCACCCCCUUUUCACACUCAACACGUCCCCUCACCCCAGCGAGUGAAUAAGUGCGCUGCUGUUAAAAAGCCCCAAUGUAAAUGAGGCACAGGAGAGGCGGGGCUGGUGCUGCAGUUAGAGCUCCCGUGUAGAUCAGGGAGCGAUGGACCCUGUGGCUCAUUCACCUCCUGUCUGUGGGCUCCGGGGACACACUAACCCUGCACUUCACUCAUGAUGGCCACGCCAGAGGAGAGUCAAGAAGUGACGCUUGGAACUCGCCAGGCAGCCCUAGGAGGCUCGCAGACUGACUUGGCAUUGAGUUGCGCUAAGGAGGAAGGGGCCCACACUGAUCCGGAAGAUGGAGGUGGACCAGCCCCCAGUGACCCCGAAUGGGUAGAGGAGAGAUUCAGGAUUGACAGAAAAAAACUGGAAACUAUGUUGCAUACCCCUCAUAAUGAAAACAUUGUGACCGGUGAAGAAUUCUUUCAAAAAGUGAUGGUGGAGACCAAUACACAGAUUAAAUGGCCUUCCAAAUUGAAGAUUGGGGCAAAGUCAAAGAAAGAUCCUCAUGUUAAGGUAGAAGGGAAGAAAUACAAUGUCCUGGAGGCCAAGAAGAAGAUAUUAGAACUUUUGGAGACAAAGGUAAAUAAAGCGACUCUGAAGAUGGAUGUGGCUUACACAGAGCAUUCCCAUGUGAUAGGGAAAGGGGGCAGCAAUAUUAAAAAAGUCAUGGAGGAGACAGGGUGUCACAUACACUUCCCAGACUCCAACCGCAACAGUGUGAAUGUGGAAAAGAGCAAUCAGGUUUCAAUUGCUGGGCCUGUGUCUGGUGUGGAAUCUGCCAGGAGAAGAAUAAGGGAACUUCAGCCUCUGGUUCUGAGCUUUGACCUGCCUGUGGGCAUGGUUCCUCAGACCGUACCUGAUGUGAAUUCUCCAGUGAUUCAACACAUAGUCCAGACCUUUAAUGUCACCAUCUCCUUUCGACAGCAGCCAAAGUUCUACAGCACUACCUGCACAGUGAGGGGCCUGCAGGGCAACUGCUGUUCUGUCAAGAAGGCAACGUGUGUGUUGAUUGAGCUGCUGAUUGGCGCUGAUGUCAGCGUCACUGUGAGUACACAGCUCGACAUCACCUCCCAGCAGCACCUGUUCUUAAUCGGCCAGAACGGCGCCAACUUCAUCAAUAUUAUGCACAUGACCCAGACUCAGAUUGUCCUUCCUGAGUUGAACGCUCCUCAGAGCCGAUCCAUGCUGUUGAUACAGGGAACCACAGAUUCUGUUUGUCUGGCCAAACAGCAGCUUCUGGACUGUCUGCCAAUUUGCUUGAUGUUUGACAUGAAAGAAGAUGGAGAUGUGGAUCCUUCCAAGCUCAGCCAAAUGAUGCAGAACCUUGGGGUUUUCAUUAGCGUCAAGCCAAAAGUGAAGCAGACAACCAAGUCAGUUGUAGUGAAGACUUUGGAAAGGAAUGUAUUAAACUUGUAUGAAGUAAGAAGAUUGCUGUUGGGUCUAGAAACCAUCGAGGUUCCUGUAGCAGUAAAGCCUACCUGCGAUAUUCCCUUAACCAAUGGUCUAACUAAUUACUGGCUCAAUCUGAUUAUGCAACAGCUAGGUCUUGCAGAUACAGGAGCUUUCCCAACUCCAGAGGCAGUGGUCAGUGCCCUUUUGCAGGUGAAAACUAGACUUUCCCCACCUCCGGGUCUCUCUCUGCUGCAUGAAGAGGGCAAAGGAUCAUUGAAGAGGAAUGAAACUGAAUGCUUGGAAAAAGCUUCUGAGACUAAGCAUCUGCAGAGCUCUUCUGUGACUGAGCAACCAAAUAAUGAUAAUUCAGAACCAAAAGAACAAGUAGAGGGUUCAAGCUCAACAAACCUUCAAAUUAGGAGUAAACUGGGUGGAAGCAGGACAACCUCACAUGAGUCUGCCGGAUCCCAGAACCUGUACAAAUUAUUGUUAAAAAGUGAUGAGGACAGUGAUGCAGAUACAGUGAACAAUGUUAAGACAGACACCAUGCAAACUACAGAGUCAGGCACUGCCUCCAUGAAGACUGAGGAAUACGACUAUGAAAAGAAGAAACUCUUAGCAACAAGAGCAAUGCAGAAGAAGCCAGUAGUGACAGAAGUACGAACUCCCACAGAUACCUGGAGUGGCUUGGGCUUCUCAAAGUCCAUGCCUGCAGAGGCAGCAAAGGAGCUCCGCUGUGUCAGUCGGCGCAACUACAGGUCAUACCUAGAUAACAGCAGUACCCAGACAUGGAGCUUGCACAAUUCCCUCAGUAAAGACAAGCUCACCAGCGGAAGUAACUCUGAAAACUGGCGGGAAAGGAGAGAACCUGCACCUUCAUCACCACCGCCUUCCUCCUCUUCAUCUUCAUCUUCAUCGGUGUCCUCCUUCCCUGCCUUUGUGUCCUCGUUGACGAGAAGCAGGGCAGACAAAUUUUCCUUCCUUAGCUGCAGUAAUUACUUUGAGAGUGUCUCAUCGCUGAGCAGGCCAAGCAGUAGUACACCCACUCCAACCCCUCAGCAUACUACAGAUCUGCCAGAGCUCUUCAGUCAGCUAGGCCUGGGGAAAUACAUCGACAUCUUCCAACAACAGGAGAUUGACUUUCAGACAUUUCUGACACUCUCUGAUGAGGACCUCAAAGAAGUGGGAAUUUCAACUUUUGGGGCAAGACGGAAAAUGCUCUUGGCUAUUUCUGAGUUCAACAAAAAUAAAAAGAAGUUCCUGGAUCCCCCUGCAGUAAAGCCGGGGUACCUGGAAGGUGGGGCAAGUGGAAGGCUGCCCCGGAUAGUGGACAUGGACAUAGGAAGCCAAAGUAACUGCUGGUAAGGGGCAGCAGGAGAAUUUGCACUGCUGGCCUUAGUGAACCAUCAUGGCUGCAGAGCAGUCUGCUAUAGAUAAGUUCGUCCCGGUGCAAUCAAAAAAGUCCUUGGCCACUUCAUCCAGCUUGAUGUUUCCUUCCUCGGACUGAUCCAACACCCCCGUUGUCUGACAUCAGCAACCAUGUGGACAGUUUUGCUGUUGCCUGAGCUGAUUGGUGGGCUGAUGUUCAUACAAGAGGUGGUAACAAUUGCCUUUUAUUGACUCCUUUGGAAAUGUCUUGGUGCUGCUGCAUAUAAUGUUGUGGAAUUCAUCAAGCUGCAACAGUUGUGUCCUAGGAAAUAACCCUCAAAAUAAAGAUCACCCACUGGUGCUGUUUCUGUGUGUCAGUAGAGCUGAGGAAUCUGUUACAGAAGACUAUGUCAAGAGGAAAACCUUCACCUUACACGCAGUGGUUGCCAAGACACGACACUUCAGGCGCUGUAAAAUAAACCGCACACAGGGAACUUUUAUCAAAGCUUCGUUUUCCAAUUGUGUUUUAUUUUUCUGUGUCAGCUUCUGGUCCUGUCCAGCAGCUUAUCUUGUCUGAUCACAAAAUUCAAAUUCAUACAGUGAAGAUAUUUUUUAUGAAUAAAAUUACCAAAGUCA